CUGGUGCUCCUGGACAGGGUCACGCCGCGGACGUUCUCGUUCGCGCGCGGGGACGUGGUGUACCUGCGCUCGCCCUCGAACCAGGAUCGGUGGGUGACGCGCAGGCUGGUGGCGCUGGAGGGGGACUGGGUGACGCGCGCGGCGGACGACGACGUGACCAAGGUGCCGAGGGGGCACUGCUGGAUCGAGAGGGUCGAGGCGGGGACCGGGGUGGACGGGGACGGCCGCGCGGUGCCGCUGGCGCUGCUCGACGCGAGGGUAUCGCACGUGCUGUGGCCGCCGUCCGAGGUUGGGGCGGUG